AUGCCCCUCGGGCUUACCAACGCGCCAGCGACGUUUCAGAGAGCCAUGGAUAUCCUGCUCUCUCCGUUCCGCUGGAAAUGCUGUCUGGUAUAUAUCAUCAUCUUCAGCAAAUCCUGGGAGGAGCACGUCGUCCACGUUGACGAAAUACUGUCUGUAUUGGAAAAGGCAUGUGUGAAGCUCAAGCUUCGCAAGUGCGAAUUUUUCGUCGAAAAGAUCAAGUACCUGGGCCGUGUCGUUCGGCCAGGUACAUUGGAAGUUGACGCCGCGCGAACCGCGGCAUUGGAACAAGUGAGGUACCCUCAAACGCAGACCCAGCUCAGGAGCUUCUUGGGACUUUGUAAUGUCUACCGCAGAUUCGUUCCGCAUUAUGCGAAAAUUGAGCAUCCUCUAAACCAACUACUGAAGAAAGGACAACUGCUCCAGUUGGAAGGAUUGGACGAACCAUGCGAAAAAGAUUUUCAUAAGCUCAAAGACGCUAUCUUGGAGCCACCGGUGUUGGCGCUGCCGAAGAAGGACCUACCAUACUCGGUAGACACCGAUGCAAGCGACUAUCAAAUCGGCGCUGCAUUAUUUCAAACGCAUCCGGAUGCGCAACGUAAACCCAUCCGGUUCUUUUCAAGAACGUUAGCUGCAGCCGAGAGAAACUAUUCUGUAUCAGAAAAAGAAUGUCUAGCGGUAAUUUGGGCCGUACAGACUUUAGGACCAUAUCUAUAUGGCGAGCACUUCGUUGUGCAUACCGACUAUGCCUCAUUGAGGCAGUUGAUGAACGUAACUGACCCCAGCGGGAGACUAAUCCGAUGGAGGCUCCGCCUCUCGGAAUUUGAUUUCGAAAUCAAGUACAAGAAGGGCAAGGCGAAUAGUCAAGCUGAUGCCCUGUCAAGAUUACGGACCGCAGAAGAAACUCUCAUUCGCGAGCAAGCCGUCGACCCCUUCUGCAACCGAAUCAAGGAAGAAAUGGAUGCCGGAAAGGUGAGAACGUUCAGCAUGGAGACCGAGGAAUUCGAAGGAACUCUAUGCCGUACCGCGGCGGAGUUUGCACAAGUGGUGAUACCACAAUCGUUAAGGGACCGCGUCCUAUCGUUAAGCCAUUACGCAAAAUUGGCAGGACGCCCGGGAGGCAGGAAACUUUACAAGACAUUGAGAAGAUAUUUUUAUUGGCCCACGAUGGCCCUAGACUGCUACGCAGUCGCGAAGAAUUGCGCCGCAUGUGCGCGGGAAAGGGUGAAGUUAAGAAGAAACACGAAGGAAAUGAAGCUGUUCACGCCCAAAGCCCCCCUGGAGUUUGUCGCCAUCGACAUCCUCGGCGAGCAAAUUACACGUAAACGAGGAAAUCGGUAUAUUCUCGUGAUCAGCGAUCGAUACUCGAAACUGGUACGAACCGUACCGUUGAAGAAGAUAUCAGCUGCGUACAUCGCACAAGCCUUCGUUCACCAUUUGGUAUUCGUGUACGGACCGCCGGUCAAGCUGCUGUCCGACAAUGGAACACAGUUCACGGCCCGGUUCUUUCAGAACGUCUGCCGAAUUCUCGGCAUAUGCAAUGUGUUCACGACUACAUACCACCCGCAAUCCAACGGCCAAGUUGAGAGGUUUAACCGCACGCUGACUUCCGCGUUGCGAAAAUAUGUUGGAGAGCAUCCCAAGGACUGGGACCUAUUUAGCGACGCUGUGACGUUCGCAUACAACACGCAAGUUCAUCGAACUACGAAUAUCGCGCCCUUCGAGCUGGUGUUAGCUCGGGCGCCGAGAAGCAUUGCGUUACAAGCACAGCCAAGUUUGGAAGGAUUUAGCUCGAAUCGAGCAUACUACCUGAAAUGGCAGUCGUGGUUGGAAAGCCUGAUAAAAGGCGCUGGUAAGAGCUUGCGGAAAGAACAAGCGCGCUACAAGCGAAAUUUCGACGCAAGGCUCCGCAAGUCGAAGUAUGACAUCCCUUCAGGAUCAUACGUAUUCCUUCGGAAAGAGCAAGGCACUGCCACCGAGCCGAAACAUAAGUUGGCACAAGUGGCUACGGGUCCAUAUCAAGUGAAGGAGUCAACUGAGAAUACGGUCGUCAUUGCCAUCGGCGACCAGGAAGAGCGCGUGUCGCGAGAUCGAGUCGAAUUAGCCCCUAGUCCCAUGGGCUACACGCCGAUAGUCCGGCUACGACAAGCGUUACAAUUCCUCAACCGAGAAGGGGAACGAGAAGAACCCGCCGCGCAAGCGAAGGAUAGGACGGAUGACGGACCUCUGAUAAAUCAAGAAGCUGCGGGCAUCUCGCCCGAUCUACAAGAGAUGGGAGGUUCGGAAGAGCAGGAUGAGGAUGAGUCGCUGGCUCUUCGGAAGGGGGACGGAGAGUUGGACACGCAGGAAGAAGGAGCUGGGAGUCAGGAGUAUGUGAUCGACAAGAUCGUGGACCACGGCUACGACGGGGAGAAAUUAAUUCUCAAAGUGAGAUGGUAUGGGUAUACCCUCAAGGACGCAACGUGGGAACCCAUCGAGUAA